AUGAGUUCUGUUCAAACUCGCAGUGGAGCGACAAGUGCUGGCACCAAGGUUGACGCCGGCAAAAACGCUCCAGUUACUCGCGAAGGUGCAGGCCGUGUCCCUGAUGAAUCCUUAGCCGCAGAGUCCUACAGAGCUGAGGGUGAAUUCACCCAGAACCGCAACGCUGAACCCGAUGGCCCCAAUGCUGGGCCAACGGGACAGUCAUCUGGUACCAUGCCUCGCUCCUAUGCGGGUGAGGCACCUUCAUAUGUCAAUAACCAAUACAUUUCGGAUAAGAACGGACCGCACGGAAAGAAUCUGAAAGAAGGCGGUUUCAAUGACAGAGAUGUACAAGAUGGCGUCAAAAAGGCAUUCAACUCAGAGCCUGGUUCUAUCAACGAUCCUAGCAGAUUAGCAGAAGUUCAAUUUGAGCAAGUCAAGGCAGCAACGCCUCGAGUGGCUUCUACUAGGGAAAGUGAGUUGAAGACUGGCACAGCAUAUGAUGGGUUGGACCGAGAUGUCAACGCUUAG